UAUUACCUUUGAACCAGCACCUCGGGCAACAGAAAGUGAUGCUUGCGUUUUACUCUCCAAGGAUCCCUUCAGCUAUCAUCAGGCAGAAACCACUCUUGGCAAGGUACGAUAUCAUCCCAACAAGAGUUUUUAUGGAUAGCAUGAUCCACCCCCUCCUACUUGCUGGUCACGGUACGGAGUGGACUCUGUCGGAGAGGUCGGGAGUACCUCGGGACAUCGAGCCUCCUCUUCUGGAGGAUAUCCAUCCGCACCGAAACUGGACUCACCCUACGUCCCCACGAGCUCUAAAGAAACCCACUGGC